AUAACUAGCAUUUUUAAGCUACGGGAACAACUUCAUGAGUUUACCGUGCACAACCAUGUCACGCAUCAGCGCUUGACGUUACACUAUUUUGGGGCUAUUGUCUCUAGUUUUCACUUCAAAGGGAGGCACAGAGGGCGGAGAUUAGCUGCGUCUCUGCAAACUGAGCAGAAAAUAGGCCAUAAUCACUGUAGUAAUGGAUGGAAUGGCUUUUCUCGAGGCCCCGAAUACACCUUCGAUGGUACCAGAAGGAGUGCCUUAUUUCAUACACAUAAACCAAAAUGUUUCUUCUGGGAGAAAAGCGCUAAAGCAGAACGACGAUGAUAUUGCGAUCUGUGAAUGCAAAUACGAUGCUAGGUAUCCUGAUAGUGCUUGUGGGGAGAGGUGUUUGAAUGUACUGACCAGCACAGAGUGUGUACCUGGUUACUGUCCUUGUGGGGAAUAUUGUAAGAACCAGAGGUUUCAAAAAUGUCAAUAUGCUCAAACAAAGUUGUUCAGGACCGAAGGUCGUGGAUGGGGUCUGUUGGCUGGCGAGUGUAUAAAGGCAGGAGAUUUUGUUAUCGAAUAUUGUGGAGAGAUUAUAUCGUCAGAAGAAGCAAAGCAGAGAUCUCAGGCUUAUGAAGCUCAAGGCCUCAGGGAUGCAUACAUAAUUUCUCUAAAUGCAAAUUACUUUAUCGAUGCAACUAAAAAGGGGAGCGUUGCCAGGUUUAUAAACCAUUCAUGUCAACCCAAUUGUGAGACAAGGAAGUGGACAGUUUUUGGGGAAACAAGGGUUGGGAUUUUUGCCAAGCAAGAUAUAGCAGUUGGAACUGAACUUGCAUAUGACUACAAUUUUGAAUGGUAUGGCGGUGCCAACGUGCGUUGCCUAUGUGGAGCGCCUAAUUGCUCUAUAUUCCUCGGAGCAAAGUCUCAUGGUUUCCAGGAGCAUAAUCAUGUGUGGGAAGAUGGUGAUGACAGAUACACGGUAGACAUGUUCCCGCUUUAUGAUUCUGCUGAGGAUGAGCCUUUUACAAAGCACUUCGAUUCGGCAAGCUUAGCCAACACCAUGUACACAGCUUGUGGAAACAAAGAUAACCCAAUGAAAGUAGAUGGCUUUGCAGAAACUAAUCACUUCAUAGAGCUCACCAAUAUCAUUUCUGAGCCAUUUGGGUCAGCUGCAGUUGAAGGUCCUCUGCCUAUUAAUGCAGUGAAAUCUGAAGUAAAAAAGGAAACAGAUUUGUUUCCGGAGAAAACUCAACAAGAUAUUUCGCAACCAAGGCUAAGCUAUAACUCUGGAUCUGGAUCGACUCCAAAAAGUAGAAGUCAGCAUGUUCCCAAGAGUAGGUCAAAACAAGCUAGCAGAAAACAGGUCAAUGGUAAAAAUGUUGCAAAACUAUUUGCUUCGAAGCAAGCACAGGAGGAGGUCAUCAGAUGUGAGGAACUAAGAACUGAAGCCACCAAAAAGCUCAAUGACUUGUAUGAUGAAAUACGUCCUUCCAUUGAAGAACAUGCCAAGGAUAGCCAAGAUAAUGUACCGACCGCUGUGGCAGAGAAGUGGAUAGAGGCCACCUGCACGAAGUGGAAGGCUGAGCUAGACCUGCAUUUCUCUAUUAUAAAAAAUGUUGUAUGCCCUCGACCACAUGCAAAUGAACAAACUACUUCUGCUGAAGGAGACCAUUUAGUCAAACAGCUGAUAAUGUAGUGUAAACGCCUUUGUUAACUUUGCUUUGAUAAUCUUGACCUUGCUUGGCAGAACAUAAUUAGUUCAUAGUUUCUCUGGAUUUAGCCUCUUGAUUUUUGAUUGGUGGCUUUUAAAAGAUCUCAAACGGAUUCGGCCAGUACAAUACUGAGUAUUAUUGAGCUUUUUUUUUCUUUUAUAACAAAAUACUUACAAAA